AUGGAUUUAAAUUCAGAAGAAAAUAAAAAAAAACUUAAUGCAGCUUUCCAAUAAAUGAAAUCUAAAAUUUAAUUAGAAGAAAAAAGAGCUUCAUAAGAAGAAUAGGAAAGAAUUAAAUAUUAAGAAAAAUACUAUACUUUGAAUAACGAUAAAACUAAAAUUGAUUAAAAGUUAGCUCAAAAAGAAAUAGAUUUUAUGAGAAAAUGUGAAGAAAUACUUGAAAAGGAAGAUAGAAUUAAUGAAUUAUAGAAAAAGCUAGAUUUUUAUUAAGUAAAUCUAUUGUAAAAAUACAUUAGAUGAAUGAACCAAAAAAAGGUUUUUUUAAUUUUGGAAGCGAUGAAAAUAAAUAAUUUCGUAGAAAACUAUUUGAUUUUUAACAAGAAUUAGAAAUUAAAACUAGUGAAUUAUAAAGACUUCAUGAAUUAUUAUUUGAGACUAGAAGACAUCAUGAUGAAAUUGAUAAGAAAAAUUAAGAUUAGAUUAUUACUUUAGAAGGCUAAAUAAAAAUGUAGAUAGAAAAAAAUGAAAAAGAAAAAAAAGCUAAAGAAGAAUUAGAGGCAUCAAUAAUAUAAUUAAAUUAUAUUAUAAUAAACAAAGAGUCAGAACUUAAAACAUUUAAAUAAAAAUUAAAUGAUUAAGAUGAUGAAAUUAGACAACUCAAAGAAAAAUAAUAGUAAUAAUAAGAUAUUUACAAUGAAUUAUAAAGUACGUUAAUUCUUAAAAAAGAGGAAUUAAAGAAAAUUUAUUUAGAAACCGAUUAAUAAAAAGCAACCCUAGAAUCAAUUAAAGAUCAUUUAUAUAAUAUAAUUCCAUAAUUAGAAAAUGAAUAUUAAAAUUCCUCAAUAGUAUAGAGUUUAAAAUAAUUCGUUGAUAAAACUUUUGGUGUUGAUAAAUAACGUGAUUAAAAAGGUAUUUUACAGAUUAUUUUUAUAGUCAAUUAAAUAAAACAAGAAUAAGAGUUAUAGAAAGAACUUUUAAUUUAAAAAGAUAGCUAUUAAGUAUUUUAGAAGGCAAAAGAUAGAAUUAUAAAGAUGGGUAAAAAUAUGGAAUAAUUGGAAAAGAAGAAUAAAAUGCUUUAAGAUCGAGUUUAUCUCUUAGAAAAUAAAAGAGCUUAAGGAAAUUAAUCAGAAUAAUAGAGUGAUAAAAUAAGUGUUAUGUGAUUGUUUUAGUG